CCAAAUCUUAUUCAGUUCAUGCAUCUUGUGGAAAAAGAAGAAGCGGUUCAUUAGCCAUAACAUCUCUUGAUCCUACUAAAUCAUUAGGGAAAGUAUGAUGGUUCCUUGGUCAGAUCUUCCGAAAGAACUUGUCGAAAGAAUCAGUAAAUGCCUGGACGCCCAUAUUGACGUCCUCCACGUUCGUGCAGUCUGCAAUUCGUGGCAUUCAUCACUUCCUCCUAAUCUCAAAAUCUCUAAAUCUUUGCCUCCCAACAAACUGGCUAUCCCCAACUUUAGGAUCCAUGGUUAUCAUGAAGACUGAGUCUUAGUGAAAGCACCGUUUAUCUUCUCAAACUCAUUGAUAGCGAUACCAGUCCUUGUCCUUCUCCUUCUCCUCACACAGGCUGGUUGGUGAAGGUUGUAAAAACAAUAGCUGGAAAAUUGUGGAUUUUGAAUCCUCUAACCAACAGACUAAUCAAGGUUUUGCCUAAUGACAUGCCUAAGAAAUUGAAUUUACUAGACUUUUGCGUUUCUCAAGUUUAUAAAUCCUAUCGUGUGCAAUGGGUCUUAAAGUCUCAGGGCCCUGAAUAUUGCGUAGUGAUUUUUUUAUAGUAAAAUCUUGCUUAUUUGGAGUGAUCAAACCAAUCAUUUUUCUCUAAUGGCAAUUGAUAUUCGGGGUCACUUAUUUUGUUUAAAGUCAGGGAUGAGAAGUGGACUAUGUUGAAAGAUCCCUUAAAAGAUGCCAGCAGCAAGAUUGCUGCUAUCAUUGUGUAUAAGGGGAACUUUUAUGCGGUCGAUCAAUAUGGAGAGACCAUCAAGUAUGAUCCCUCCUUGUUUAACCAGACCAAUGUAUCUUGCACCAUAAAGUAUGAUUCUAACAAGGUAUCUUCCAGCUUAUUUAACGAAUGGGCCAGUAAGAAACGACAGGUGGAAUCAGGCGAACAGUCGUUUCUAGCUGAUAUGUUUUUAGAUAUUGAUUUAAGAGGGAGUUGCGCCGUUCUGGCCCUUCUUGGAUAAAUCCCAUGGAAAUUAAAAUAUACGGGCUUGAUGAAGAACAACAUGAGUGGAUUGCAGUGCAUACAUUGGGUGAUCGAAUUUUAUUUGCUGGUGAUGACUGUUGUUUCUCUGUUUCUUCACUAGAUUUUGGCAAUCAAUGCAGAGGAAACUGCGUUAACUAUUCAAAUGGAGGUAUAAUUGUGGACAUCUUGGGGGAGUUACCACCAAAGUUCUAUGACUACGACUUUGAAGAUGAUAUGUACUGUGGUUGUUGUAGUAUUAAUGAUGAUGAUGAUGUUUAUGGUCCAAUUCCUGUUGAUGUUGGUGUUAAACUUAGCAGCAAUGAUGGCAAGAUUGACAAGAAUGACCUUGGUAGCAAAUCAUCUGGUGGUCUUAGUGAGAAACUGAAACUUAGAUAUAAAGGAUUACAGGGUCAUAACACCGGUGUCUUUACCAUACAAGACUGUAAGCUUGGGUCAUUGUUAUCGCACCGUGAAUAUGGAGAUAUUUUCUGGCCACCACCAUCUUGGCUUAAUUCUGAGUCGUCUUUAGACGCGCACAAGAAAGAUGCGUUCACUAGCAGGUAAUGAAGUUGUUAAAUCGUGAUUUGUUUAUCAACAAGGUAUAUAAGUAAUUUAUUCACAUGCUUCCCCUCAUUUUCUUCUUCUGCACUAAGCUAUGUUGUAUUUUAUUGAUUUUCUUGGUGUUAAGUUGAUUAUUAUUUGUGAAUAUUUACUUGCAUUUUGUGCUAAAAGAAGUACUGGUGCUAAUACAAUGCAUCUAUUCUUCUGUAAAAUGAAGUGAUAAUAGCGAUGUCGCACCUUGCUGCAUGGAGACCACAAGUGCCAAUCAGCCUACAUGUUCACAUGAAUAAAUAGCGCAUACUAAUCUAUGGAGCCGUUUGGACAUGAUUUGAAAUCACGAGAUGAAAUCGUGAGAUGAAAUCAUGUUUGGACAUGUAAUUUAGAUUUCUUAAGUUGCGUUUUUUCUUAUAGACAUAAAAACCUCACAAGUUGUGAAAAUCAUCUAAACUUUCCUAAUUAUUACACAAUCUUACCAUUCACAUUAGGAAAGUUUCAACUAAUUGUAAUCAUUUCAUUCAGAUUACUUGAUACUUAAUACACAUUUCUUAUCUUCUUCCUACAUUUCUAUCUUUUCCAUCAACUUGAGCUUAUUACUCGAAUUCAAUCCUUUGAAUUCCUGUUCAAGCUACUGAAUUACUGGAGUUGUCAUUGAAUUCCUGUUCAAGCUACUGAAUUACUCGAGUGUUCAUUGAAUUCCUGUAAUUCUGCUAACGUUCUUUUCUGUUCUAUUACAUUAUUGUUACUCAAUUCGAAAUGUUUUGAUGUA